AUGGAGCACGACGAACAAGCCAAAAUAGAAUUUAUUGAAUUCUGCCGGGAUCAAGAUAAUGCUAUGCAGCUGUCUACAUUAGAAGACUUCAAAAGAGAUUUCGAAUAUAAAUCGCCCAUUUGGUGGUACACAAAAGAACCCUUCAUUUAUGUGACACUUAAUAGAGCACUAAGAACCCAAGACGUUGCAACUGUACUCAAAAUGGGUUUCUUCAUACAGAAACUUCACAGAGAAAUCGAGCACAUACACUCAAAAUCAAUGCAGACAAAAAAUAAGCAACUCUACCGAGGCCAAGGUAUUUCAACUCUUGACCUUGAGAAAUUGAAGAAGAGUGAAGGUGGACUUCUUUCAUUUAAUAAUUUUCUUUCCACAAGUGCAAACUAUCAAGUAUCGUAUCUGUUUGCUGAUAGUGUUCGAAGCAAUCCUGAUGGAAUAGGAAUCAUCUUUGAAAUCGAAUGCGGACCAAAUAAUACAUCGAUUCCUUUCGCUUCAUUGGAUAAUUUUAGCGUACAUUCGGAUUUUGAAAAUGAAAUUCUCUUUUCAAUGCAUACCGUAUUCCGGAUUGGAGAGCUGGAACUCAUCGAAGAUCGACUAUGGUAUGUUAAGUUGACAUUGACUAAUGACGAGGACGAACAACUCAGACGUCUCACCGAUUAUAUACGCUCAGAAACAAAAGAAUUAACAGGUAAACAUCGACUAGGUACAAUGAUGAUCAAAAUGGGAGAAUUCGACAAGGCUCAUCUAUUCUUUCAAACGUUACUUCAAACAGUACCUAACGACGAUUGGACAACUUGCGCUCAUCUACAUCAACAACUGGGGUCGGUUCUUCAAAGUAAAGGUAAUGGAUCGCUGGCAUUGUCAAACUAUUACAAAGCUCUUCAACUCAUACAAAAUGGUUAUCCAUCAGUUUAUCCUUUAGUAGCAUUGACCUAUAAUCACAUUGGUGAAACACACGAGUCCAUGGCGAACUACUCAAAUGCAUUAUCGCAUUUUGAAAUAGCACUUGAGUUACAACAAAAAUCAUCUGCAGUCAAACAAUCUGAUCUCGCAAUGACUUAUAAUAAUCUUGGUGCUGUGCAUCAAUCAAUAGGGAAUCAUGAAACUGCAUUGUCAUAUUAUAAAAAGUCGCUUGAGAUCUUUGAAAAUCUUCUUCCAUCUACUCAUCCCGAUAUUGCAAAUGCCUUGAAUAAUAUCGGUACACUAUAUUUUUACAUGGGGGACCUUCGAAAUGCACAAAACUACCAUUUACAGACAUUAAAAAUCCAAGAAAGAUCUCUUCCGUCAACUCAUAUACAUCUGGCAACGACUUAUAGUAACCUGGGAUUAGUGCAUGAUGCAAUGGGAGAUUACAUCAGUGCCUUAUCAUACUACGAAAAGGCGCUAACAAUCCGUCAGACAGUUUUUUCCUGCACCCAUCUGUCUGUAGCUGAUACCUAUGACAAUAUAGGAGGCGUACAUCGGUCCAUGGGUGACUAUCCUUCUGCAAUAUCAUAUCAUGAGAAGGCACUUGAAAUUAAAAAAAGUAUUCUUUCAUCAAAUGCUUUCGAUUUAUGCUCAACUUACAACAGCAUUGGUAUUGCAUAUAAAUUAAACGGAGAUUAUUCGACUGGACUCUCAUUCUAUGAAAAAGUACUUGAAAUCAAACAAAAAUAUCUUUCACCGAAUCAUUUUCUAUUUGCUAUCACCUAUAACAAUAUUGCUUCAGUGCAUCAACUGAUCGGCAACUAUUCGAUUGCAUUAACACAUUAUGAGAAAGCUCUUAAAAUUCAACGAAACGGUCUUCCAUCAAAUCAUAUUGAUUUAGCUACAACCUACAGUAAUAUUGGAUCGGUUUAUUACUCCUUUGGAGAUUUCACUAAUGCAUUCUCUCACUAUAAACAAGCACUUAGUAUUCGACAAAGUAUGCUGCCAUCUAUUCAUCCCGAUCAAGCUACAGCUUUUAAAAGUAUUGCAGAUGUCUAUGAAAUGAUGGGAGAAUAUUCAAAUGCACUUUCAUACUAUCAAAAAUCUCUUGACAUUAUACAAAAAUGUCUUACAUCGCCGCAUCCAACUUUGGCAGCGAUAUACAACCACAUGGCUUGUGUAUAUCAAUCGAUUGGGGAAUAUUCAACUGCACUGUCCUACUGUGGAAAAGCACUUGAAAUUCAAGAAAAAAUAUAUCCAUCGAGGCAUUUCGAACUAGCAAGUACUUAUAAUAAUUUUGGUGCAUUACAACAUUUACUAGGAAACAAUUCAACGGCAUUAUCAUAUUACCAGAAAGCUCUUGAAAUCCAGCAAAAAUCGUACUUACCUAAUCAUCCAAAUAUUGCCACUACUUACAACAAUGUUGGUUACAUUUUUUGUCUAAUGGGUGAUCAUGCGCGUGCACUAUCGUACUUUAACAAAGCAUUAAAUAUUCAAGAAGAAGUUCUUUGCUCUACUCAUCCAUAUAAAGCUCGAACUCUCACUAAUAUUGGUAUGGUGUAUCAAUCCAUGGAAAAUUAUCUAACCGCACUCUCAUUUCAUCAAAACGCACUUGAAAUUCAACGAAAACAAUAUUCACCAACUCAUCCAGAUUUUGCUGCUACAUAUGCAUGCAUUGGUUCUGUGUAUCACUCCAUGAACAAGCUUUCAGAUGCACUAUCGUAUUACAGGAAAGCGUUAGAAAUUCAAGAGCACGGUUUUUCUCUUACUCAUCCUAAUUUAGCUGUGACCUACAACAAUAUCGGUAGUGUGCAUAAUUCUCUUCGAGAAUAUUCUGCUGCGCUUUCAUAUUACGAAAAAUCACUUGAAAUCCGAGAGAAAGUUCUUCCUUCUACGCACCCUGAUCUGAUAAAAACAUAUAUCGAAAUAGCAUCAGUACACAAUUCGAUGGGGCACUAUUCUAUUUCACUAUCAUAUUAUAAGAAGACACUUGAAAUUCAAGAAAAAUUUCUUCCAUCUAAUCAUCUUGAUCUAGUGAAAACAUAUAACAAUAUUGCUUCAAUUUAUCACUCGAUGAAAGAGUAUUCGACCGCACUAUCUUACUUUGAAAAAGCACUUACAAUAGCCGAAAAUGUUUUGCCACCGAACUAUUCAUUAUUAGUUACAAUUUAUAGCAAUAUUGGUGCAUUACAAUGCAUUAUUGGAAAUCAUACAAUUGCACUGUCAUAUUUUCAGAAGGUAUGCGUAAUUCAACAAGAAAACGAUUCAAGUUCUCUUGUAAAACUUGUUGAAGUUUUUAAUAAUAUUGCUUCAGUGUACGAGUGCAUGGAUGAUUAUUCCAACGCAUUAUUAUAUCGUGAGAAAAUAGUUGAAAUUCAAGAAAACACAUCUCCAACCGAUUAUUGUGAACAAGCAACAUCCUUCGAUAAUAUUGCCAGGCUAUAUCAAUCAAAAGGAAAUCAUUCAGCUGCCCUUACAUAUUAUCAAAAGUCACUUGAAACUCGAAAAAAAUUUGUUUCAUCGAAUGAUACAUCACUAGUCAUGGUGUAUAACAAUAUUGGUGACAUGCAUCAUUCACUUGGAAACUACUCAUCAGCACUCUCGUCCUACCAAAAACUACUUGACAUCGAAGAAAAAACUAUUUCAUCUACUGAUCCAGACUUAGCCAUAACGUAUAACAAUAUAGGUUCAGUUUAUGACUCAAUCGGAGACUAUUCUACUUCACUGUCAUACUAUCAAAAAGCACUUAAAAUUGAAGAAACCGUUCUCUCACCAAUUGAUCCAAAUCUGGCAACAACAUAUAACAAUAUCGGUUCAGUUAAUCUUUCGAUGGGAGACUACUUGACUGCAAUGUCAUACUAUAAAAAAACACUUCAAAUCCGACAAAAUAUUCUUCCACCCAUUCAUCUUGAUAUGGCCGCAAUAUUUAAUAACAUUGGUUCGGUACAUAGAAUGAUGGAAGACUAUAUGAAUGCACUUUCAUACCAUCAAAAAGCACUUGAUAUUCAACAGAAAAUUUUACCAUUCAAUCAUUCUGAUCUGGCAACGACCUACAAUAACAUUGGUGCAGUGUAUAAUUCACUAGAAAAAUAUUCAUCUGCACUUUCAAAUUUUGAGAAAGCAUUGGAAAUUGAACAGAAAGUACUUCCGCCCAUUCAUCCCGAUGUAGCUACUACCUACAAUAAUGUUGGCGCUGCGUAUGAUGCAAUGGGAGAUCAACCGAAUGCUCUAUUGUACUAUAAGAAAGCACUUGAUAUUCAAGAACAAAUUUUGCCUGUUGACCACCCAGAUUUGUCUGCAACAUACAACAAUAUCGCCAUAACAUAUGAGUCCUUAGAAGAAUAUUCUACAGCGCUUUCUUAUUACGAAAAAGUGCUUCAAAUAACAGAAAAAUCUCUUUUUCCUGGCCAUGUUCCAUUGACGACAACCUACAACAAUAUCGGUUCGGCGUACAAAAAUCUGGGAGACCGUGUGAAUGCACUCUCAUAUUACCAGAAAAUGCUCAAAAUUCAAGAACAAACUCUGUCGCCGACUGACCAUGAUCUCGUAAUAACGUAUAGCACGAUUGCUGAGAUAUAUAUUUCCAUGGGAGAAUACUCCUCUGCACUUCCAUAUUGUCAAAAGAAACUCGAAAUCGGAGAAAAAACACUUACAUCAACUGAUCUUCGACUGGCAACAAUUUACAACAUGAUUGGCUUAUUACAACAAUGGUUGGGAGAUCAUACGAAUGCCCUCGCUUAUUUUGAAAAGACACUUCGAAUCCAGGAGAAAGCACUUCCAUUCGCUCAUACAUCACAAGCAGUAACUCAUUUCAAUAUUGCAACGGUUUUCGAAAAAAUCCAUCAAUAUAAAGAAUCUGUUGAGCAUACAAUACAAGCAGUUAAUAUUGUGCGUUAUCGAUUUGGAUCUGAUCAUCCUCACGUAAAGCUAUGUGAGAAAUAUCUUGAUCAUCGUCGUAAAAAUCUUUAG